CAGGUGUUCCACAAGUCCUCGAGUGGUUUUAUCCAUGGACAUGUAAUGUCCGACUGGAUAUAUUUCACUUCAUGCGACGCUUCACCAAAGGCUUGACAACAGAACACCACCCAUUGUAUGGAACAUUCUGUUCGAAGCUCAGUAAUUGCAUAUUUGAAUGGGAUCAAGGUGAUUAUACCAGAUUGCGGGAAGCAAAGAAGGGUGAACUUCGCAGGAAGUUUAAGGGAAUGGUGCCCACACCAAAACAAGUCACAGCAGCCAUAUCUCCCAAUGAACUGGCAAAGCACUGCCGGAGGCAGACCAGGGAGGCUGAACAAAUAAAACGGCUCAUCGAGGAGCUUCUUGGGAAGAUGUGGGACCACACAGACACUGCAGGUGUUCGUUUGGUGAAUGCUGCCAGCAUGAAGCAUGUAUGGGAAGUGCAGCAGAAGCACAUAAAAU